UCAGAACGUGAAAAACUACUGGAGAAGGAGAAGAACAGAAUUCAACAAGAACGUGAUGAACUACAGAAGGAGAAGAACAGAAAACAACAAGCGAACACACCAUUAAAAGAAGAAAAAAAGUGUCUUUUACAAUGAGGUGCAGGUGAAGGAGUGAACUGAGUGGUAUUUAGUCCAUUAACAUGAUGGGGUGGAACAGUCUGAGUGUGGAGCCUGGAGUGUGGAUCAUCAGGAGGGUCUGGUCUCCUUUUAUGAUGUGGAGUCCAUGUCUCAUAUCUAUAUCUACUCUUACCCAAAAGUUUCCCAAAAGCAACUAGGUCGCUAAGUUCCGUCGUUACCAAUAGAGUUCAAUGGAACUAAAGACUAGUUAGAAAAUGAUGGUUUUUGGGAAAUGCACCCCAGGUCAGUCUUUUGAUGAUAAACUUUAUCAUAAACAUUUCUGUAUUAGUAGUGUGUCUCAUAUAGCCAGACUUUUGACUGUUGACAUAAAUUCUGAUCCUCAUUUAGGCAGGAAGUUUUUUUUUUUCUUCUGCCCAUUUAAACAGGAAUUAAGAGACAAUCUGACUGACAUGUUGAGCAGAUGUUCUUUUGACAUUUAGGGGUGUGUGAAUCUGAAAUUGAUAAUACUACAAAAAUAGACCGAUGUUCACCAGUACCAGAUGUGUGUAAAUUAGGCUACAUACAUUAUCUCUCAAUAGCAAACCUAUCUUAGACUGAGCUGUGUAGUUGUAAUCAUCUCUUAGCUCUGUGUCAUUCUUGAAGAAAAACUUGGUCUCUGUUUGGACUUCGAAUAUUAAGAGAGUACGAUAAUUAUUGUUUGCAAUUAAUAAGACUAAGAAAUUUUGUGAUUUAUUUUUGUGAUUUAUACAGUUUUUUUUUCUUUGCUCAAUUUGUGGAAAGGAGUUCAGUGAGGUGGUCACAACAGCUUCUGUCAGAAGUUCUAGAAGCUCAUAAUUCAUGUACAGUUCUAGGAUCUGAAGAGACUCAUCUGAAGUGAAAUCAUACAGAAGAGAAGUCAGUCAGUUGAGUUUGUGGCUAAACAUUGUACAUUGCUUGGAUAUCUUUGUCAUUUACUGCAUAUAAUAAUUCAUAGUUAUAUAUUAGAACUGAAAUGACAUUCACAUUAUGAGUUAAAACAUUUCAAAAUGCACCUGGAGACAUUAAUUUAAUUGUGGGGCCAAGGCUCUGGAAUAGUCUCCCUCAGGAACUUAGAGAGGUCACAUCUUUAAAUGCUUUUAAAAUUUCAGUCAAAAACUAUUUCUUGUCUUUAGCCUUUGAGAGGGUGGGCUAGUCUUUUUUAUAGGAUGUGUCUUGUUUUAAGUUGUGUGUUUUAAUGAAGUGUUUUCUGAUUGUACAGCACUUUGGUCUGCAGGUGCAGUUGUAAAGUGCUCUAUAAAUAAAGUGAAUGAAUGAAUUAAUUUAUUUUGUCAUUGAGAAUUAAAAAAACAAAAACAAAAACAAAACAAAAAAACAAACAAACAAACAAACAAAAAAAAACAGUGUAAAAUUCUCACCUUGUUCUCAUUUUGAAAUCCCACACUUGUGAAAGUGUAAUGCCUGAUGUGAUGACUGUAUAGUUCUAGAACUGACUGUGCAUUACAGUGUUUUUAACAUAUUUAAUGCAGCACAGAUGUUUUAAACAUGUUUCUUGCAUUAAAAAAUAAUCAAUUAACUAAUUGCAUUAAGUCAAUAGCUGUACACCAGGAAACGUUUACAAUCUUAAUAAAUAGAGAAAAAAAAGAGACUAACCAUGUUCCAAGUGUGAUCGUGUUUUUUUACAUAGCUAAUGUAAAAAUAUUUUAACAUCCUUCAAAUUAAAUGCCAGUUAUGAUAGUCAAAGUCUGGAGACACAUGUCUACACACAGAGAGCAGUUUCUGCAGCCCAGUUAUCAUGUUUUGAUUGUAGGGACUUGUAUGUAAAGUGAAUGUAUGUUGUGGGAUUACAAAUUAUUAAAAUGUUAAAUCUAAGUUCCAAUGUAAUAGUAUAUAAACUAAAAGGUUAUGUACAUUGUGUUUUACAUUUCGAGGUAAAAAAGGAUGACACAGCUGUGCCUUUGUCCCUGUUGUAAUUUGAAGGUAUGGGCAAUACUGUCAGGCUGAUUGAAGUAGCACCUAUGCAUUUAAAUGACACUGUUAUGCUGAUGAGAUCAAGGCUGGGAAAAUGCCGGUGGCGGGCUGAUUCCUGUACUUCAGUUGCAUGCUAUGGGUUAGAUUGUCUCCACCUCUACUGUAUGUAUCCCUCCCACUUGAAUGUAUAUAAACUCCAAAGUAUCUUUGCUUUGGUUAGACUUUUUGAUGACUACAGCGCCACGCAAAGCGUUUCUCAAUAAAGAAAUCUGCUGGGAUUACCCAAGAGUCUCCUGGUCUUCGCUUCUGAGUUUCCAACAAUGUUUUUUGGACAUGAACAUUUUUGGUGACUUUAAGCAGAGGGACAAACAUCUUUCAGAUUUCAUUAAAACAACAGUGUGGUGACCCCUGACUUAAAGGAUCUGGAUCAACAUGAGGCAUCUGUGUCAUACAGAGAUGAAGUUCAUUUGUUUGACUGUCCUGAUUAUUAGUGGAGCUACAGAUUCAAGAUCAGAGCAGUAUGAAGUCGUGGGUCCUGCAGAUACUGUAUUUGCUGUAGCUGGUGAAGAUGUGAUUUUGCCCUGUUCAGUCAAACCCAGCAUCAGUGUUGUGGACAUGAGAGUGGAGUGGUUUAGAUCUGAUCUGAAAAACUCACUAGUGCAUCUCUACGAGGAUCAUGACGACAGAAACACAGAACAGAUUCAGUCCUACAGAGAGAGAACAAAACUGAAUCAUCAAGAAUUACAGAGAGGAAACGCAUCACUCAAACUCUCAUCAGUCCGAGUCUCUGAUGAAGGACGUUACAAGUGUUUUAUUCAGUCCAAAUCCUGGUCUGGUGACGCCACUGUUGAUUUUAUUGUUGAAGCUGUAGGAAGUCCUCCAGUGAUCACUGUAGAUGGAUUUGAUGAUACAGGACGGCUUUAUCUACAGUGUGAAUCUGAAGGUUGGUAUCCUGAACCUGUUCUUGAGUGGCUGGACAGUGAAGGAGUCCGUUUGAGUUCAGAAACUACAGAGACACACAGAAAUGAAGAUGGAUUCAGUGUUAAACACACCGUCACUGUAUAUGAGACAGACAGCAAGAUUCACUGCAGAGUCAAACUGAAACAUCACAUGCUGGAGACACUGAUUAUCACCUCAAGUAAUAUGUUUCAUCUUUGGAGGACAUCAGCCAUCCUGUUUUCAGUUAUAGUCGUGCUCAGUGGUUUUGCUGCAGUACUGAUAGCUGUGUUCAUUCAUAAAUACAGAGAACACAGUCAACUACAGACUGAGAACAGGAGAAUAAAACAUGAACUUGAUGAACGUUUGCAGAGUCAGAAGAUACCAAAAGUGAUCACGCAUUUAGAAACAGAUAUGGUGAAUGCAACUCUGGGUGAAGAUUCAGCUAAUGCAUGUCUCAUUGAACCUGAACAUGGGAAAGAAGUGAUAUAUGACAAAACAGAACCGUAAAAGGUAAAGAUGAAGGCAAAAUUAAACAUUUGAUGAGAAUGAUCUUUAUAAUGAUGAGACGGAUGGAUGCUACCUGAAGUGUAUUUUUAACUAUUACACUAUAACUGUACUGAGUGGGAUUUAGCAGUGAUCAGACAAGUGGUCAGACUUUUAAUGAGAAACUUUGUCAGUUUAUUAGUUUAUAUCCUGCUUUUUACAAUCUUAUCGUAGCUGACACAGUGUUAAGCACUAAAUGGGUACAAAGGAAAUAUGUACAAUAUUCAUGAUUCAGUUAUAAACUAAAUUUGUGUAAUAAGGCAAUACUUACAAUGCAAGUUUAUGAUCUUAAAGUAAGUUUACUUUGAGCAUGUAAAUGUAAUUCCUACACAUGAAUAAUAUGUUAAUGUGAUGCUAAAAUACAAAAUGUUUCUACUGUUCUGUUUUAUUAUGAAGUUCUAUUUCUAUUCUCACCAGACGGUGGCGCUAAGAACUUAUUAUUUAAUUGGUAAACUCUUGAUCUCGUGAAUUUGGG